UCUCUCUUCCUCUUCCUCUCUCUCUCUCUCUCCCCAGCCGUCCCACUUUUGUAAUUUUUUUUUACUUUUCUUCCCCUUUUGCUAACAGACAAUCGCCUCGCGCUUUCCUCCUCUUCCUCCUCCUCCUCGCUUUUUUUUCUUUUUUCUUUCCCCCCUCUUGUCCACUCGUCCGCGUUCCCCCCUUUCCUUUCUCAACUCCACUUUCCGGUGCCUGCCUGCUGCGUGCGUGCGUUUCUGCUUCCCGCAUUUAUUUACUAUUUUGCAAUUGUACGAGUGAGGGAGAGAACCGUACGAGAUCUUUUCUACCAUCCCCCCCCCCACUCUCCAUCCAAAGCAUUAAAUUAAACUGAACGAAAGAUCGGGAAAAAGGGUGGGAGAGAAGAAGAACCCAACGAGAGAGCGAGAGAGGUGGAAAAUUUAAAAGAAAACCAUCACCGCCGCCGAUUACGACGCGCUCCCUUCUCCUCCAGAGCAACUUCCAGCCGUGAAAAUCAGAAUAACUUGCCAACGCGAACUGCGAGAGAAAAAAAGCUGGAGGGGGAGAGCAAAUAAACUAAUAUAAAAGUGGACAACCGCCCCCCUCCCCCUUUCUCUUUAGACCGCCACAGCUCGCUCCGGCUCCAACGGCAGGCGCAACCGGCCGGAGAAGCGGAUCCGGCGGCCACAGCAAGCGACGGGGGGGCGCGCGAUUUGGCCACGGUGUCCCUUAGAUAUGGCAAUGGUAGUGGCCGCCUGGCGAGACCCGCAGGACGAUGUGACCGGCCCGCAAGGAACGCAGCCUUCGCAAGCUCCCCCUGUGCCGGGAGCCCCCACGGGCACCCCCCACCCCCCACAGACGCCGGUCCAAGGAGGGCCACCCACCACCCCGGCUCAAACCACUCCGGGCAGCCAGCAAAACCAAGGGGAGAAACAGCAGCAGCAGCACAUCGAGUGCGUGGUGUGCGGGGACAAAUCCAGCGGCAAACACUACGGGCAAUUUACGUGUGAAGGCUGCAAGAGUUUCUUCAAGCGCAGCGUCCGGAGGAACCUUAGCUACACGUGCCGCGCCAACCGGAACUGCCCCAUUGACCAACAUCACCGCAACCAAUGCCAAUAUUGUCGCCUCAAGAAAUGCCUGAAGGUUGGCAUGAGACGGGAAGUUUCUUUUUUAUUUACUGCAGCCGUCCAGAGGGGCAGAAUGCCACCCACACAGCCGACCCACGGCCAGUUCGCCUUAACCAACGGGGACCCCCUGAACUGCCAUUCGUACCUCUCCGGAUAUAUUUCCCUCCUGCUGCGGGCAGAGCCUUACCCGACCUCCCGCUUCGGCAGCCAGUGCAUGCAGCCGAACAACAUUAUGGGCAUCGAGAACAUUUGCGAGUUGGCCGCUCGGAUGCUUUUCAGCGCCGUGGAAUGGGCUCGGAACAUUCCUUUCUUCCCAGACCUCCAGAUCACCGACCAGGUGGCCCUCCUGAGGCUCACCUGGAGUGAGUUGUUUGUCCUCAACGCCGCUCAGUGCUCCAUGCCUCUCCACGUCGCCCCGCUCUUGGCAGCCGCCGGCCUCCACGCGUCCCCCAUGUCCGCCGACCGCGUGGUCGCCUUUAUGGACCACAUACGCAUUUUCCAGGAGCAGGUGGAGAAGCUGAAAGCCCUACACGUGGAUUCGGCGGAAUACAGCUGCUUGAAAGCGAUUGUCCUCUUCACCUCAGAUGCGUGUGGUCUAUCCGACAUUGCGCACGUUGAAAGUUUACAGGAGAAGUCCCAGUGCGCUCUGGAAGAGUACGUCAGGAGUCAGUAUCCAAACCAGCCCACCCGUUUUGGGAAACUGUUGUUACGCCUCCCCUCUCUUCGCACCGUCUCUUCCUCGGUCAUAGAGCAAUUGUUUUUCGUCCGUUUGGUAGGUAAAACCCCCAUCGAAACCCUUAUCAGAGAUAUGCUACUAUCCGGAAGCAGUUUUAACUGGCCGUAUAUGGCCAUCCAGUAAAGAGCAAAAGGGGAGUAAAAAAAAUAAUACGUUGGAGAGAGGAAAAUAAAAAAAUAAUAAUUCCACAAAUCAGAGAAUUUGGACAAAGCAAAACACACACACAAAAAAAAUAACAUGGAAAAUUUGGAAGAGAGGAAUCGCGAGUGACAUUGGGUCUGGCGGUUUGUGUAAAUGUCCUUCGGUUAAGCAAGGAUGUCACAUCCUGGCUAAAAGAAGAGAGGAGCAUAAUUUGAAUGGACUAUGGAUUUUUUUUUAAAAGAGAGACUUGUUCAAUGGACUUUUUACACAAUGCAUUAAAAUUCCCUUGUCUUUAACAAGUUACUAUUUCUCUCUUUCUCUUUCUCUCUCUGUCUCUCUUGAAAAAAAUCUUCCUUCCUUCCUUCCUUCCUUCCUUCCUUCCUUUCUUUCUUUCUUUCUUUCGCGGGGUGUUAAAACUUCGAAACGCAACCUCUCGCUAAAAAAGUGCAUUUUUUUUAAAAGCAAAACCUGUAGAAAAUUAACAUAAUGGGAAAAAUUCUUUCUUCCUCUGUUUCUCUCUGUGUCUCUAUCUCUCUCACACACACCCUCUCUCUCUCUCCCUCCCUCCCCUCUCUCUCUCUCUCUCCAAAUUAUUGAUUUGUCCAACAUUGUCUGUGUACCUAUAGGAUUUUGUUUUGGUUUUUCUUAAAAAAAAAAAAGAAAUCCUGGUUCCAAACCAGUUUAUUCUGUGGUUCUAUAAUAAUUUUGAUAUAAUCUUGGUUUCAUUUUUCUUUUCUUUCUUUUUUUAAAGAACUGUGUAUCCUUUAAAAAGUAUAUGUUCUGAAAGAAUUAAAACUGUCUUGGAAAGAUUUCUGAGAAGAACAUAAAAUUGGGAAUAAAGACACCCCCCACCCCCCAAAAUAAUUCUAGAAAGAUGGAAGCGCACUUAAAUCCGGUCAGCCCAAAAUUUAGCUUCAAGCUACUACAACUAUAAAGAUAGCAUUUUUUUAAAAAAAAUUGAACCACGAUCAACCUGCCCAUAGCCUGUUCGCUUGGAGAUGUAUGUGUAUAUGUAUGUGUGUGUGUUAUGUAUAUACAAUGCACACAUAUAUACACAAAAACACAUAAAUGCAUAUAUGGCAAAAUAUGGAUUUUGGAAGGGAAUUGGCUAUUUUUUGGAAGGAGAUUGUGUCCAAGACACAAGAUGGUUUUGGUAAAUAAAAAAAACAU